AUGUCAAGGGCUCCCAUUCUCAUAAACGAUCUGGUCAAGGGGAACCAAGUCUGGAAAAUGAUGAUUAGGGUUGUUGAUCUUUGGGUUGUUAAUGAGAAAAAUGGCCACCAACACCUUGAGAUGGUCAUUCAAGAUGGUGAUAAUAUUCAUGUGACGACUUGGAACCGAGAUUUCAAAGAUUGGUUUGAACAAGUCAAGGAGCAUGAGACAUUUAUUCUGUAUAACGGAGAGCCCGUUGACAACGAAGGUCCUUUAAAAGUCUGUUCCCACCCACUCAAGCUCAUCUUCAACGGAGGGACUACUAUGACCAAGGUGGCGUUACCCGACAUACCGGCCUACAAAUACAUUUUUCAUCCCAUUGACAACUUUCUCAAAGGGAGCUACAAGCAUGACAUGUUAUAUGGUGAGAUCUCACUAUGUGAUUUUUGCACACUGGUUACUUAUUUAUUCCUCCUUCUACAAAGUCACCAUAUCCAUGAAAUAUGUCAAAUUUUGAUAUUUGCUUUAUUUGCUGCAUACAAUUCAGAUGUUAUAGGGGUAUUGCAAGAUGUAGUUAAGACACAAAUGGGCGGUGGUGGUAGGAAAUCUUGCGUCAAUAUUACCUUGCGUGAUGUCGAAGGCAAUGUUAUCGAGGUGGCAUUAUGGGAUGGUUACGACAAGCAAUUCAUGAACUACACUACCCCGAACAACAUUUCUGGGCCUACAAUUAUCGUUUUGACCCAUGCCUGGUGCAAGCCAAAUACAGGUUUCAAUUUGUUAACAACUUCAUAUUCUUGA